UUGAUUAUAUCUUUAGAAUGCUUACAUCGAUCGUCUUAUAUAACUGAUUUUUCGUUUCUGUUUUCCAAUACAUAUCCAUAUUUGCAAACCCGGUCGUCAGCAAUACGAGAAAGAGUACCGCUAAUUAUCACUUCAACCGGGCAGCUAUUGACUGAUCCAAAAGAUCAGGCGUUUGAGGAAAUCGCAUUGAAGGUUGAUAUUUUUAGUGUUCCAAGACCGGCACUUGGUGGAUUUAUACUAAUCUUAAAUGAAAAUGGUGAGAUUUACUACGCCUCUGAAAAUAUUGAAUCCUACUUAGGGUUUCAUCAGUCCGAUAUUCUACAUCAACCACUGUUUGAAAUGAUACAUUCAGAAGACAGAGAAGAAAUUAGGCGACAGCUAAACUGGAGAUUUAAUUUGCCAUCCAAUUUUACCUGCUUACAAGAUGUUUUUACUGCAGGUGGAAUAUACUAUCUUGAACGAAAUGUUAGCGCACGUUUUCGUUGUCUACUUGAUAAUACUUGCGGGUUUUUACGUAUCGAUAUGCGGGGUAAGCUUAUGGCGCUUCACGGUAUUCCACGAUCAUUUUUGCUUGGAAGAAACGAUACUUCCAAUUCAGGCAGUGUUGUGCUCGGACUCAUUGCCAUUUGCAGUCCAUUUGUACCACCAAUUGAACAAUUUGCUGAGGACCCAAUUUUGAAAACAAAACAUUCUUUGGAUAUGACGUUAAUUUCGAUGGAUAAUAGAAUCAGAACUGUACUAGAACUUAGUGACAAAAACUUGCCGCGAAGCUUUUACACGUUAAUCCAUACAGAUGAUAUUUUCUAUGUCGCUGAAGCACACCGGGAAGUGAGCAAAAAUGGCGUUAGUGGCUUGUUAAUUUAUCGAAUUGUCAGUGCUCGUUCCUGCAGAAUCUACUGGGUACAAAGCAGCUGUCGAAUGUUUUAUAAAAAUGGCAAACCGGAAUCAAUUGGCCUUACACAUCGUCUUCUAACCGAAGUAGAGGGAACGAUGCUGUUAGAGAAGCAAGGAACCUUACGCACAAAGGUUUUAAGUUUUGACAAUCCGUUGAUGGCAGCGAACAGAAACCCACCGAACAAUGAACUUUUGCAACAAACAGUCAGAACAUUACCUCAAAACCUUCCUCCAUCUGAAGCUCGAAAAAGUACCACUUCACAAUCGUCCUAUUUCCAAACUUCAUACGCACCCACAACCUUGACGAAAAAGUUCAACCAUCAAUCAUCACUUACAAAUGGUACUCAAAAUGUCAGUAGUGUAUCUCGAAGUAAGAAGAAGAAGUGCGCCAACAACGAAAAUGUUUAUCAUCUUCCACUACCACCUCCUCAACCGCUUCAUCUCGAUCUGUUCCCUUCAACACAGCAACAGCAGCAGUUCAUUGGGUAUUAUCAUCAGCAAGCAACUUGUGGACAACAAAAUUUGAUUGUCGCAGCAGCAGCUGCCUGUGUUGGGAACGGUAGCUUACCAUCUGGAAGUCAAGAUGACUUCAAAGCUCCAGCCUAUCAAAAUACUCCGGCAGUUGCUACACCUUCCUUACAUACAUUUUUGAGUCUGCCACAAGAAUUUCCAACUUUUCCCAAUUUACCUUCUUAUCUUGACAAGGAAGGUUUUUCUUCCACUACUGCUGCUAACUGGAGACCAGAAGCAAGUGGUUACGCGGUCACCAGUAAAGGCAAUACUCCUGCGUAUCCGAAUGUUAUUAGUGCUUUCACGACAGAAGAUGCUCGGCAUACUUCGAAAAUUGAGUAUCCUGUAACCUUCCCGCCGACUUGUAGUUCUUUUACAACCUCAUCGGAACUACCACCAUUCAUCAGCCAGCCUCCGUUGGACAUUUUAAAAGAUUGUUGUGCAGAGGUCCCUACGCUACAUAACAACCUUUUUGAUGCAUACAAUGCAAGUGAAGCUUACAAAAAUCCACGAGCUCCACUACUCGAGUCCACCGAUCGACUACAACUUGCGGACUCUGACACUCAACAUUUGGCUGAUUUCAACUUCAUAUCGGAAGUCACUAACACAUUGCUCAACUGA